AUGGGAACUUCGUUCGAAGUUCACACUCUGGAGCAGCGCGGCGAAGUUUUGCACACACAUCAAUAUUUGAUGAAUUGCAAAUUUUCACGUUUCGGCGUGGUAGACAAGCGAUUCUGUGUGGAGGGUGGCUCCAGGUGCGGCCGAGGCGAGGGCCUGUUCGUGUUCGCCACGGAAGGUGGGCGGGAGCUCACCGACCUCCUCAACGCUUACAGUCACGAGGCACAGUCCCGCCUCAGCAUCGCUUCAAGGAGUGGUUCAGUUUUGGAGAAACGGUUCUCGGACACCAGCUCGUGUGCGGACGACUGCUUCCACUCGUCCAUGCGGUCCGUGUCGCCUGCGUGGAACGGCCCCACCAGUCAGACCAUGCACUGUCUCUCGGACCUCGACUCCAGCAUCGACAGCAACGGAGAGGAGAAGUUCCGCAGGCCAACUUCGUUACCACGUUGCUCUUUCAGCUGCAUGGGGAAGAUGAGCCAGCUUACUAGAUCAUCAACAAUGGGCACGCCCGGAUCAAUAAUGUCCCCGGUUUGGACAAUGGAGAACAUAAUGGAGAAACGAUCCGAUUCCGAUAGAGCGUCGAUUUAUUCUCGAUCGAGUGGCAGCGCGUCCGAGUAUUCGGUGCCGAGGGGCGCGUGCCUUUUGGACAAGAGCUUUGAAUCGAAGCGCGGCAGCCCUGUUGCGUGCUGCACGCCAACCGUGCCAGUGAAAACUGGCAACACCUGCCAGUGUUGGCAGCAACCGAAGACGUGCAGCUGUAGGAAGAAGCAGUUUAACGGACCCUACGAGAAUUACGACGUGCCAAAGACACCGAUGCCUUUAAUUCAGGAACAUCCAGUAGAUGUACAUUCAGACCCUGCCAGCCUGUACGAUACACCAAAGAAAUUGAAAUGUCUAAUGAACGGCAGCGCCUGCAACUGUUCGCACAAGAACGAAAACAAAACCGAAGAGAACAGACAAACCAUAGACACAGAGAGAACAUGUGAUACUAGCCUUAACGAGGAAACAGUCGACACCCAGUCCAACUACGUCAACGUCGCUCCAGUCAAAGCCGAGCCAGCUGUAGACUGCGGGAAUUACGCGAAUAUAGACCUUAAUGCUACACUGGAGAAGUUCGAGAGUUCGCUGCAGAUCCUCAGGAGCGCCGGGUUCAGCCAGGAGGAGUUGGACGCGCUGGAGGACAUCCCGGAGCACGACGACGACAUCUCCACGGCUACAGCCAACACGGCCGUUCAUCACAACAACUGCUGCAACGAUCACUCCAGCUACAUGCACAUGGAGCCCCUCGAUAGUAGUUCCAGCACCAACAGGAACUUCUCCGACAACAUUAGCAGGAUCAGCCACGUGUCAGAUCCGACACAGCAUUCCGACACAGACAACACCAUUAGCACGAGGAGGUCCAGUUCCGCGGACUUCACCAAGCGGCAGGACGAAGACUACGGCAUCAACGCGCGUAUUUGCUUCACUCCCACAGUUCUCAGGAAGUCGAACAAAACUGAACGCAUCAACGAAGGUAUACCCCUAGUCACCCAAAAGGAAUCAGAGAAGGAAAAAGUCUUCAAGACCCCUGAACCAAAAAGCGAAAAUAUUCUCGUCGCACGGUUCAGAGACGCCGUAAAAAUCAGAAGAUCCUCGAGCGUCCCCAGCAAGUCCGACAAAAACAGAGAUUCGUCCAGCUCUAACGACUCCGGUGUCUCGACUGGGUCCUUGAAGCACCACAAAGGGGACUUCAACGAGUUGGAGAACGCCAUUACAAACUCCAAGUCCUACAAGAAACAUCUCAAAAGCAAUAAGCAAUUCAGGAGUACCCUCACGCCGGUGCACACGCCGUUCAUAAGAUCCAACUCCUCGGACCCCCUGAAGCACUUGACAUUUCAGUUCGAGGAAGUCGCCACGUUGGCUAAGUCCAAUUCAUUUGACGUGGACACUCUGACGCGACGGAAGAAAAAAUGCGGUGAGCUGGAGGGCGAUAGCAGCACAGCGCGACACAGCCAGCUGACCAACAAGAGCACGUCGAGUGGCGGCUCGGACACGUCGGACUACAUGGAGUCGCUGUCCGUGUCGUCGCUGAGCUCGUGCGAGGCGGGCCGCCACGCCGCGCGCCCGCGCUCCGGCCGCGAGUACGCCAGCGUGGACCGCGCGCUGCUGUAG